GUUUAAUUUACAUUUCGAUAAAGUAACAACAGUCUAUCGAAUAAUGGAGGGAAGGCACGAUGAAGUCUUUCUUAAAAUUUUACAAGAAGAGAAGAAUAUUGCGAACUUUUUGAACGCCUUCUUUGGGUUUCUGUAUAGAUGUACAGAUUUUUAUUUCGACUCAUCUCCUGGGCAGAAAUUAGGUUUUCCACCAGGCAUUGCGGAGAAAAUUGUUACUACUACUUUACACAAGUGGAAGCAUAAGUAUUCCACUGAACAGUUAAAUUCAACAAGUCAUGGUGUAAUGCAAGGUACAACUCAAGAUAUUAAAAGCAAGUCGCUCACUUCACAAAGUGCAGCUAUAACGCAGGACAUCGGUGCACCUGCUGUGGCACGAGAACUGGAAACAAAAUCCACUGAGGGUUAUGUUGCUGCGAUACAACCUCCAGAUAGUUACAAUGGUGCGAUGCGUGAAAAUUACACAUGGUCACAGACUAUUUCUGACUUGGAUGUAAGCAUCAAGAUUCCAUGGGUGGUAAAAACCUCCAAAGAUCUGAAAGUCGAUGUUACAUCGCAAGAAAUUCAAAUUGCUAUUAAAACAACUGGUCUAGCCAAAAAAUCUAGCUUGAUAACAAAUUUGGAGAAGUCAGAGAUCCAAGACUUUUCAACACGUCCAGAAUGGACUAUUAUUUUCAGAGGCCAAUUGUGUUUCAAAAUUCGAAAAGAAGAAUCCAUUUGGAGCCUGAUUCCAGGACAAUAUAUUAACGUAUGUUGUUAUAUGCAGAUCCAUUUGGAAAAAGCAUCGGAGAGGUGGUGGGAGGCAUUUAUCGAAGGAGAGCCCAAAAUUGAAUUGAAUAAAAUCGAUUGCUCGCGAAACUUAGAGGAUCUGAGUUCAACUGAGCAAAUGAAAAUACAGGAAUUAAUGUGGAACCACCAGCAAAAAUUACUUGGCAAGCCAACAUCGGAUCAGAUCAAUGCAGAAAAGAUCCUGAAGCAGGGCUGGAACGUUGAGGGAUCACCAUUUAAGGGCACACCUUAUGAUCCAUCGGUGCUAAAAUUCAACUAACACUGAUUUAAACUAGUUUAAUGUAAUACAUUGCCAAACCAUGGCUCUUCUGAGUAUUGUAUAUAUUAAGAGAAGGCUACGACUGAUGAGCCCUAAAUUUUGUGAUAUUUUUGCCUAAUUAUCAUAGGCAAUAAGGCGCUUCGAAUAUAAUGAACUUUGAAAUAAUAAUUCUGGAUAGUUUUAUAUAAUUAUCUAAGUACAGAAUAAUUGUUUAAUAACGGUACAUAUACCCGUACACGAUGUCUGCGCGCGUUAGAAAAAUCUGAAGAAAUGUUCACGCUCUCUAUCCACCGGUUCCAUUGGUGUCGUUUACAUUGAAACUUUAAGAAGAGACCUUGGUGAGAAGAAGUCGACCGAUUUCUCUAUACGCGUCGAUCAUCGAUUGCCAAGGAAAUUAAUGCGUUUUCUCCUUCUAACUUGCAUGCGAAAUCGGAGACAAGGUUGAAUUACUUGGUGGAAAGUGAGUGCAUUCGACGGUGAUCAAAAAGUGAUAUCAUUUGCAUAUCCUUAGCUUAACAAAAUCAUGUCGACGACAUUAUUCACAGAUAAAUAUUUUAUCAAGAAUUCAUAGUUAUUUUAAUUAAACUGCCAACACAUCCUCGUUUGAUUUUCCUCAGAAGCCAGCUGUAGUCAGCCCACGAUACAUGCCCAUAAAUGCCAACUCCAUACGCCAACUUUACGUCAUUGACUAUUUUCUCCUUACGUUCUUUCCGCUUACGGAUACUAUACGAAUACAUCUACAUACAACGCACAAUCUACAUUGACCGGAUAAUCAUUUGCAGGUGUAAUAGGCGUCCAGAAAUCGCCUGGACGAACACAUGCAUACAAAGCGUGGGUAGAACACCUUCGACGAGUGUUGCUACUAUCGAAACGAGUUAACGAACUUCUAAGGUAGAGGAGAAUUUUUAUAUUCGAGCUCAUGCCACGACCAUGGCGGACCUUUCGACGCCGAGACGACAAAGUAUAUUGCACCGGUGGAUUUUAAAGUCGGAUUGGUAAUUGGGAACUUCGGGUUCUCGGAAGGUCUAGCCAGGUUUUUGCAACGAGCACGAAGCCCCGAAUCGCCGAAGCCUAGGGAACCCUGGCGGCGUUUUAAAGUCUAGGAGACUCGAAGAUGGGUUUUCCAGAAUGCGAGGAAUUCCUCGGUUUUCUCCGGUGCUUGCAGUUUAUCCCGGUCGGCCCG